UCAGGGGGUCGGGGAAUGGGGCCCGGGGCCUUUCCCGUUCAGGGGGCAUCAGCUCCCCAUCUGGUCCCAUCCUCUCCUCUUCUGGCUGCAGGGGCAGAGAUGGCUCUGGCCCGGCUCGGGAAGGUGGUUCCCAAAACCAGCAUCCUCUUCCUGUGCGACAUGCAGGAGAAGUUCCGGCCCAACAUAGCCCACUUCCCCCAGAUUGUGGCCGUGGCAGCGCGCAUGUUGCAGGUGGCACAGCUGCUGGAGAUCCCGGUGGUGGUGACGGAGCAGUACCCCCAGGGGCUGGGCCCUACGGUGCCCGAGCUGGGGGCCGAGGGGCUGAGGAAGUUCCCCAAAACCUGCUUCAGUAUGCUGGUCCCGGAGGUGGAGCAGGAGUUGGGGGCACUGCCCCACCUGCGCUCUGUGCUCCUGUGCGGCAUUGAGACCCAGGCCUGCAUCAUGAGCACAGCGCUCGAUGCUCUGGAGCGGGGGCUGGAUGUUCAUGUGGUGGCUGACGCGUGCUCCUCCAGAAGCCAAGUGGACCGGCUGGCGGCCCUGUCCCGCCUGCGGCAGAGCGGUGCCUUCAUCACCACCAGCGAGGGGCUGAUCCUGCAGCUGGUCAGAGACGCCGCCCACCCCCGCUUCCGACAGAUCCAGAAGCUCAUUAAGGACCCGGCCCCGGACAGUGGCCUCCUCUCCCUGUUCCCGGGACAGAGCCCCGGCUUCAGCUAACCCUGCGGCCCCCAGACUCCCCCCACCCCACUCCCCGACCCCAGCACUUGGGGGCAGGGCAGGGCUGGAAUAAACCCUUCAGUACAGCGA